UGCGCGGAAAUACACGAAGAAGACGAAACAGGAAGAAGAAUAGCAAAACAAUUGAAAAUUAGCAUCGCUUCGCUUAAAAACGACAUCAAAAUGCUGAAAGAAUUAGUAAAAGAGCGCCUAAUGGUUGCAGCUGACGAAAUAUUGGAACUGUUUGAAAGAAUGAUAAGGUCGUAUGAAGAGGAACUUUGUCGAACAAGAGAGGAGAAGGAUCGAUAUCGACAACAACUGGAAGCUGUUUGCAAGACUCAAACUGUGCUACACAUAGAAAAUCUCCAGAAUCUUGGUCAUCACCAAGAAUAUGAAUGGUCCUCCAAUUUGAAGCAGGAGGAUCCACAGCCUCCCCACAUUAAAGAGGAAGAAGAUGAAGAACUCUGGACCACUCAGGAGGAAGAGUGUCUUUUCGGGCUGGAGGAGACUCAUCUCACCAGGUUGCCACUAACCGUUGUCCGUGUGGAGACUGCAUGCCAUGAAGACAAUUCAACCGAGUCCUCACAGCUUCAUCACAGACCUGACAGAGGAUCACGAUCAGAUAACGACACAUCAUCACACUCGGCUGAUGCUAAGACCGAGGACGACACCCAAGAACCUUUGAGCAGCGAUGCAGACCCUGAAUGCGACAUGAGGACUCAAACUGACUUCAAACACUCUAAAAAACCUUUUAGUUGUUCAGUUUGUGGGAAAAGAUUCUCUGAAAAAUCACACAUCAUAACACACAUGAGGACUCAUACGGGAGAAAAACCUUUUAGUUGUUCGGUUUGCCCUCAGCGGUUCUCUCAAAUGUCACACGUUUUAUCACACAUGCGGACACACACAGGAAAAAAACCCUUCGGUUGUUAUGUUUGCGGGAGAAGGUUCUCUGAAAAAUCAAAUAUGGUUUCACACCUAAGAACGCACACUGGUGAAAAACCUUUUCGUUGUUCAGUCUGUGACAAAACAUUUUCUCAAAGGGUACAUAUGAUAAAACACAUGAGAACGCACACUGGAGAAAAACCCUAUAUUUGUUCGGUUUGUGAUAAGAGAUUCACUCAGAAUUCAACGAUGGUCAAACACAUGAGAACGCACACCGGAGAAAAGCCGUAUAUAUGUUCAAUUUGUCAGAAAAGAUUCACUCAAAAGGUAACUAUGGUAAAACACAUGCGGACGCACACCGGGGAAAAACCAUAUAUCUGUUCAAUUUGUGACAAAAGAUUCUGUCAGAAUGUCACUAUGGUAAAACACAUGAGAACGCACACUGGAGAAUAAUAAUAUUAAUAAAAUAACUAUUAAAAUAUAAAUAAAAAACUAUUAUACCUCUUUAUAUACAGCCAAGUGUCAUAUAGAGCCAUGUUGUGUGUCAAA